AGAUUACGUCAUCAGUUGCUAUAGUUACCUAGGAGAAUGCCAGUUAAGUAUAGUGAUGACGAUUACCGUCGUUAUGGAAACGACGAUUAUUCGUUUUCGUUGAGGAGUGAUACGUCACGUGAUUACGCGCGUCGUCGAAGGUGGGGCGAUGACGACGACGAAGCGAUGUCACAGCUUAGUUCGCCCCUCCGACUUCCAAAGAUCGGACAACCGAACCGACGAUCUUACUCACCAUUUGAGGUGGGCGUGUUGCCUGAUGACGCCAUGAUCCCACAAAGACGAUCGACGCGAUUCGAACAAAGAGAUUCCCCGAUUAUGACACGGCGACGAUAUGAUGAUGUUGAUGAAGUCACCACUGACGUCACGCCACGACGUCAGAAAUACAAAAUUCCCGAAUAUCUCCUGGAUUCGGACGAUGAAGACAUAAUGACGUCACCAGCUCCGCGACCGAGGUACAUGACGUCACCAUCAAAGUUCGAGGAUGACGCAGAAGAUGAACAGGUGACGUCACCACCAAAAGUGAAGAAGCAUGUUGAAAUGACGUCACAAGAGAAACGAAAACGCGCCAAGUUCGAUGAGAAAGCUGAGGCGGGAUAUACAAUGCCGGUGUCUAGAAGACGACCGGAUCCCGCGGUUGGUGAAGAAGAAGAAGCCAUGAAGGAUAUUGCGUCAUACAUCGCGGUACGUAGGUCAUUUCCGGUUGAGGAGGACGAAGAUAUACAGGAGCUGGAACAUAAGAAAUAUCAGUACAGAACACGUGGUGUGGACUACCGACCGAAAGUUUACAACGAAGAAAGAUCACGUGACCGAUUGAACAGCGCUCCGAUGUUCGACAUGAAACUCAGGUCCCACGUGGUCUGGGAGAAGAUGUACGUGAAGUUUACAUGCACGAUACGUGGUAGCCCCCCACCCCGGAUAAUAUGGUAUCAUAACAUGGUGCCCAUCGAACCCCUUACCCUCGCCCCAGGCACCAUGAAGAUAUCGAACCAAUACGGCGUUCACACCCUAGAGAUAUUCCAGUGCAAACUGGAGGAUAGCGGCACCUACCGGAUAUCAGCGCAGAACUACAAGGGUGAAAUGUCAAGUUACGCAACGUUGUUGGUUCGUCGAUACGAUGAUAGUAAGAGCGGAUAUUACGACAUCAAGUCAGGGUUCAACUUGAGGAAGCCGACGGAUUACCCGGAUGUGCAAGGAAUGAACAUACCAGGUUACCCCAACUUUAUCACUCGGUUGUUCAACAAGGAGGUCAACGAAGGCGACGCUGUUGUGAUGACGUGUGAGGUCGAUGGGAAACCUAACCCGGAAGUGUUUUGGACGCUCAACGGUCGUAACUUGGAUACGAAGACAAGUCACGUGAGAACCGACUUUGAUGGAAGAAUCGCGUCGUUGACGAUUCUUAAAGCGUUCACCGAUGACGAAGGUGAAUACGUAUGCCGUGCUUACAACAACUGCGGAGCUUCAACCUCCAAAUGUAACCUUGUUGUCCAUGGCAACAACGCCCCUCCCUCCGCGCCCACCUGUCUACAGUAUGAUGACGUCACCAGGAAUUACGUAGUUCUGACGUGGAAGCCACCAGGUUACACAGGGUAUUUUGGUGGGGCACCGAUUGAAGGAUACUUUAUUGAAAAGGCGGAGUCUGGAUCAAGCGUUUGGCGGAUGGCGAGCACGAGAUCGGUCAGGUUAACCACAAGUCCAGUGUGUGGUUUGGAGGAGGGAGAAAUCUAUUUCUUCAGAGUGCGAGCCUAUAAUAGGUGGGGAAGAGGGCCAGCGUCUUUACCUGUGGGUCCCGUGGCCAUGAGGGAUCCAGGAACGCCAAUGUUGCCGUUAGAGCUCCUCGAACCCGGAAGUUUGGUUCCACCGGAAACAGACGAUAUUUGUGUCGAGGAAGAAGAACCCAGUGACGUACCAGGAAUCCCAAGCGAUAUUACGACGUCAUUAUCGGCUAAUGGAGACAUUGUUUGCGUCCGUUGGGUGGCGCCAGAGGGUGAUGAGAUUGAUGGUUACGUCAUCGAGUAUUGUGAAGAUGGAAGCGACCAAUGGGAGCGCGCCACGUCAGAACCUCUCAAAACCACUGACCCGUAUCCGGUCACGGGACUCAACCCCGGGGUCGCUUACAAGUUUCGCGUCUUCGCGAUGAACGGGGCGGGUCUAAGUGACCCCAGUGACGUCACAAACACGAUUCAAGUCGGCCUCGCGAUGAAUGGUGGUGAGAAAACUACACCGGAAGUUAGUGACGUCAAUGAGGAUGAUGACGUCACGAAUGCAAACGACGCAACAAAAGUUAAUGAUGACGUCAUAAACACUGAUGACGUUGUUGCCGAAGAAAAAAUGAACACAAAGUAUCGUGGACCUCCAACGCCACCUAGCGACUUGCAAUCAUUGAAGGUAACCCGAGAGUUCAUAGAAGUGGGAUGGACUCCCCCAAGCAAGUCUGGCGGGGAAAACGUCCGAUAUUUCCUGGAGUAUCGACAACUUGGAUGCGAACACUGGAUACAAGCGAACCACACCCCUAUUAGAUACACAAGAUACCCCGUUGGUGAGUUACAACAGGGUGAAAGUUAUAUGUUCCGCGUGAGGGCGGUAAAUAGCCUCGGUACAAGCCUUUUCUCCCAACCAAGUGAACCAAUACUUGCUAGUGACGGAAUAAAGCCGCCAAACUGGUGGGGAGGGGUCCAGGGGUUGUUCCGGGUGGCUGAUCACGAAGGUAAACCAUGCGUGACUAAGAAAAGUAUCAAGGUUUGCUGGGAGGCGCCAUCUAGCGACGGUGGAUCGAACGUCACGGGAUAUUACCUGGAAUGUCGACCAGUUGGCGGGAAAUUCAAACCAGUGAACAACAAACCGCUCACACAACGUCACUAUGACGUCAUUGGGUUGGUGGAAAACGAGUUUUAUCAGUUCCGCUUGAGGGCGUGCAACGUGGCAGGUUUCGGGGAAUGGAAGUUACUUCCGGGUCGUGUGAGAGCGCAGGAACCCGAGCGACCAUCAGAGCCUCGUGACGUCACCAUCGCUGACGUCACAGAAGAUAGUGUGAUGCUUGAAUGGAGGCGACCAGAAAGGAUGGGACAUGGGGACUUCAUUGGGUAUACCGUGGAUAGACGUAAAGAAGGAAGCGACUUCUGGAUUCCCUGCAACAAGUUGCCCGAACAAGUUGAAGAUGAAAAAUACAAAGUGGACGGUCUUAUUACUGGGCAGACGUAUUUCUUCCGAGUGACAGCUGUCAAUCAAAUAGGAGCUGGUCAGACGUCACUACAGUCCUGUUACGUCACACCAGGAGAAUCAUGGGAUGACGUCAACGAGCGACAGGAAGCAGUGAGAGAACUCUGGAGAAAGAAAAAAGAAAUCGAGGCCGAGAGAAUCAGGAGAAUGGAAGAAGAAGAAAGGAGAGAAGCGUUCGCGUCGAAGAUGAAGGAUUGUUACGUCACAGAAGGCGGGCAAGGAUAUUUCGAAUGUCGCGUAAAAGAUGCGAGGACUAAAGUCACGUGGUAUCUCGGGAACUGGAAAGAGGUUGAAAUCAAACCGGAAGGAAAGUAUGACGUCAUAAGUCGCGGUAAACGAAGAUCGUUGAUUGUCAACAAUUGUUCUUCUGAUGACGUACAAGCGGUUCACUGUGUUGCGUCAUACAACGGUUGCACGUCGACCGCUGAUCUCGUCGUCGGGAAUAUGGAGCCGGUUCAUUUCGUUCGCGCUCCUGUCAACGUGUUCCUCACUAAAGGACAAACCGCGAUAUUUGAUUGUCUUUUAUCGAAGCCCAACCCCAUUGUUUCAUGGAGCAAAAAUGACAUCACAAUUAACGAAUCCGAUGACGUCAGAUACGAGUUUAUCACGCAAGGUUGCGGAAGGUCCCUAAUUAUUAAUGACGUCACCCCUGAUGACGUAGCCAUGUACGAGAUAAGCGGGCUGGGGGGAAAAUACACAGUGAACUUGGUCGUCGAUGGAGUACUUCCUGUUAAAUUCGACAAGAAACUGGACGACUCAUCGCUACCGCACGAUGUCACUAUGGCGCAGUUCGAAUGCAUGGCGGUUCCCUCCCCGCUACAUGAGGGUCGAAUCCCCGCGGCCACGUGGUUCCACAACGGUGAGGUUGUGGAAGCAGACGAUGAGAGAUACGAGUUGGUGGCGGUUGGUAACAACCAUGUGUUGAAGAUAAUUAACCCAACUUAUGAAGAUAAUGGAGAGAUUGUUUGCGUCAUAGACGGAGGAAGCACGAGGUGUUUGAUUGACAUCGAAAAACCUCCCCCUCCCCCACCGAAGCCAGCGCGAUCGGAAGAUUACAUCAUCAACUUUGAGCAAGGACUUCGGGCGGAACCGCUGCCGAACGCUCUUCGAUUGUUCUGCAUUGUGACGAAGCUUCGCGAUGACGCGCAUAUCAUCUGGUAUCAAAACAACAAAGAAAUUGUUGUUGACAAUCAAAAGUAUAAGUGUUUCAACGAUCAAUCCACCGGCCUCGUGUCGCUAGUUAUCACACCGAUUCAUGAGGAACUUGAGCGUGGGAAGUUUACAUGCGAGUUUAUAACCCCUCUCUCGACCUUUGACACAAAGGUCAAUUUCGAGUUCGAAAACGACGAAUUUUCGAAAAUACUUGAAAAAUCCGCGGAAAUGCUCCAAGAGGAGGAUGAGGAGAGAAGAGUGAGAAAAGAGGAGAGACAAAAGAAAAAGGAAGAGAAAAAGAAAGGAGGACCAGAUAAGCUUGUUAUAAAGAAGGAAGACAUUGUUGAUCCCAUUGAUGUGAUCCCAAUAUUGGCUGAAGGGAUCGAACAUGGCGUCGACGAAGCUGGGAGAAUCAUUAUAUUUGUUCAGACGAACAAAGAGCUAGAACAAUACAAAGUCACGUGGUUGCGAAACAGCCAACCGGUGGAUCAAGAGCGCCACCACGCGGAAGUGGAGGGCAGCAAAGCGAUUCUCAAAAUCGAGGAGCCAUGCGUCGAUGACGCGGCGACAUACACGUGCCAGAUGACGUCAUCAGAAUCGAAAUGUGAGACGAGCGCCGAUUUGACGGGGAAUGUGUUCAAAGAACUUCUUCUACGAAGCGCUGAAACUAGAAUUGCCCCGAAACCCGAGUGUGACGUCACAGAAGACAGCGAACAACCGAUUGAAGUUGUCGAACUGGUUGUGGAAAAAGAAGAAGAAUGUUGAUAAUCAAGCAGCAUGUCGUAUUGUGAUUGUUAUUCUAUAAAUAUUAUUAUUCACCAAUAUAACUCGUGUGCUGUUUGUAUAAAUACGGAAACCACGUGAUCUA